GACCCUGUUGGCUGUGUUUAUGUCGCGCGAUUUAUGGUGAUAAAUUUUUCAAUUGUGGAGUAGAAUUUCCCUCGGAAAAUAGUAUUAGGUGUUUGAUUGUGAUGUAAAGUUAAUCGUUUCGGUAAAAUUCGGUGAAAUUCGAACGGAUUUGCGGUGGAAAAAGUCGAUUGCAAAAUUGAAAAAUUCCGUCCGAAGACGAGAGAAGAGAAAGAGUCGAGUGACUUCAAUUCGCCUGCAGCAAGGAACGGGUCCGCAGCAUCAAUUUCAUGAAUAUCGCGAGAUGAGAGCAGCAGCAUAAAAUUCUUCGACCUGUGUGUGCGUGUUCAAGUAAGAAAAAAAAAAACAUUGGAAAGUGCUGUGUAUAAUAUUGGAUAUUCCUGGAAGAAAAUAGGAAUCCUGAAGGAUAACAUAGACAGUGUUAUUGGAAUCGGUGGCCGAUGAAGUGAAACUUUGGCCGGAGAUUGUUGAACUUGAGCACGGACGGGGAUAAUGACAGCUUUCUAGUUAAAGACUUUGUACAUGUGUAUGCGUGGUAAAUAGUGGAAAGGAAUGCAGACACAUCCAUCGGAGCGCAGUGGUUAACAGCAGUAGCAGCAGUAUAAUUGAACGAUCGGUGGAUCACCCGAGGAGGAAGGCAAGAAACCGUAUUGAGUGGGGUGAAAUGAGUUUGACAUCGUUACAAUUUUCCAAUUUUCCUCGAUUUGAAAAGGAUAGCUACUAAACAGUUUGGUUUUUAAGGUUUUAGAGAUUGAUCGGGAACACACAAUCGAUAUGAACGGCCAUAGGAGAAGAAAAAAACGUCCCAGUUAUGGUAUCCGGACAGUGGAGGUCAAUCGAGGGUUGAACGGGUUUGGAUUUACAAUUUCCGGUCAGCAACCAUGCAUACUCUCCUGCAUUGUAGCAAAUUCGCCAGCGGACCUGGCUGGUUUACGAGCUGGAGAUUUCCUGAUUUCGGUCAACGGGUUGAAUGUGUCCAAGUUGCCACACGAAGCCGUGGUGCAGUUGAUUGGCAACACGUACGGAGCGAUCAAGAUGGCAAUAGCGGAGAACUACUACUCGGAUAGUUCGGAUGAGGAUAUUAUGUUUCAUAGCAGUCAACAACGAGCCCGGCCAAAGUAUCCUCAUCACAAGACGAAAUUCAAUCGAACAACUACCGUUGGGAAACAGUCCAACAUUCCUCAGGCCGAUUUGGUGGGAACCUGUGAAAGUGCCACCGCCAUAGUGGUCAAUGAUUCCCCAGCAACGGCCUACAACGUAAUUCAUAGCCCAAAUGCGAGUAAUAGCUGUGAUAUAUCGAACGUCAGUGCAAUGGUCCGUUCGGUUCAGCUGGGCCAAGAAAAUGAACCAACAGCAGGGCCGUCUCAGCCACGCGAAGGACAGGAAAUGUCGCUGGAGUAUAAAGCCAUUGUUGGAUACCUCGGAACAAUCGAAAUGCCCAAGCAAAUAGCUACUAGCUCUAAGUUGCAAACGGUGAGAAGUUGCAUCAGAAAGAUGAGACAGGAAAAACGCAAUCCAACGACCGUCCUCAUGACCAUUCUUCCAUCCUGCCUGAACUUGAUCAAUACAAGUAACGCAGUGAUUGCAAAAUACUCGUCAGUUCGAUUAAACUAUGUGAGCAGCAGUAGCGAAAACGAUAAUCGAUAUUUUGGUCUCGUAACAUCUGCGAUCUAUGCCGAUGGGUUGAUGUGUGAAAAUUCCGAUAUAUUGAAUCAGAGGAAAGAUGUUGUCAUUUCCAACAGUUGUCACGUUUUUGUGAUAGACUCGAAGCUGGUGGAACACCCUAUCCACUUGGAAAAGGCCGAGCUUUUCAAGAUAAUCUGCACAAAAGAUCCCAUCACGAACAUCUGCUUGGAAUUCCCCAGUAACUCGGAAUAUGUGGUCAACCUUAUUCGUAGUAUGUACAACCUCAAGGCUCCGAUCAAACCGGAAGGUGUACCGUACGGCAAACCGCCAGUUGCCAGAAGCUUAAACCUAGAUCAUCCACCUCGUGCCUAUCAUCGAGGUCUCAACGACCCACGGCUGAAUCCGCGAGCCAUUGAUGAUCCUCACGAUUUGCUGGUCUCCAAUUCUCCACAACCCAGUAAUCAUAGCGAAAUUACGACAACUUCGAGCAAUUCAGACUCCGGUAUAGGUUUCCACAACGAUUGUCGUAACAUUUCCGAUCGAAUCCUUGUGGUGGAUUUCCCGGGCAUUCCAAACCAUCAAAUUGGUAAUGUACGAGCACAUUUUCGCAAAUCUGUCCCAUUUGGUGCUCUACCCAGUCGUCCAACGGGAAUUAUACAUGAACUUCCUCCGAAACUCGAUCCUAUCCGGAACAUACGCUCUACCGUAGGUGUCGAUCAUUUUGGACUUCAAAUCUACCAUGGAAAAUCGAAAUCCGCUGACUAUAGCUAUCCAUCUAGUUCCGGCAUCGAUCGCCUCACCGUUCGAGCACGUCCGGAUCCAAAAGCCUUCACGUCCGAUCGCUCUCCGAGAAAAGACAAUGCCCUCAACAAUUUUAACGACCAACAACCGCUCAAAUAUGAGCCAGUCUAUCCGGAGAUUCCCAUAUUGAACGACGGAUGGACAUCUGGAAAGACCAUUGACGAACUGGGUAAUGUCGUCCAGGAACGACCGAUUGAUGUUCCCAAGCUGGAAGAAGUUUUCCUCGACCUAGAACGCUACAACACGGACAACGUCAAAAAUAGUAUGUUGGCGGCUCGAUCAUGCGACGAUGUGAUCAUGUCUCUCGAAAAGGAAAUCUUCGACUCGAAGGAUCCGCUCUCCGUUGACGAUCUUACGUUGGUGCCAAAAAAAUCAUCCUUACCGGCGGAGGACGAACAUAUCUUCCUGCAGCCAGCAAAACCGGUCAAACGCUCAAAGAAAGCAUGUUCCCACAAAAACGGCGGCGGUGGCAGUAACAGACAAAGCGCUACAGCGGACGACGCAUCCGUUGGGUCCUCUUCUAAUCGAUCCUCGCAGCUGAUGUCGUACAAGCUCAGCCCGAAGGUGUUUGGAUUGGCGCGACCGAUUUCGAUGAGCUUCGAGAAUAUUUCCACCUCGACGGGCGAUGUCCGCAAGUCGAGCAAGGAAGGGAAAGAUGAACACGGCGGGGGUGGUGAGAGAAGAAGUCGGCCAACAAAGAGGCUCAGUGGUGGCUUCUCCGCCAUCUGGGGUAGCCUGCAGGAACUGAGAAGUAGUUCGAAGCAGCACGAGGACAGUGGUAGUGGUGUGGUGAUUAGUAGUGCGGCAGAAGUGUGUGAUAAGACGACCAAGAAGCAGGAGCGGCGGUUGAGUGGAUUCAAAAUUCUGGAGGGAACGUACAGUGAACCGGAUCUGCGAUACGAUGAGAACAAACAAAUCAACCACAAUGCUUCCCCAUUCCGUCGCUGGGGUCAAUCAUCGCUGCGGUCCCGGUCCGGAGACCAGCGAACGCCCGGUUCGUCCCACCGAAGGCCCUCUUCGUUGGCAGCCUCGGAGAGCGAUGUCUACACCAAGUCCAUCGACGAUGACUACAGUUCGACGAAGAGCGGUUACAAUCCGUACGCCGAGGCUGCCAGUACGGUGACCGCGGAUUCAACGCAGACUACCGGUGGUACGGCCAGUGGCUACAGUGGCCCACCUGGGGUUGCUUCGUGGGGAACGUCCUUCGAGAAACUGUUGGAGGAUGCAGCUGGUCUGCACACUUUUUCGGAAUUUCUCAAGAAGGAGUUCUCCGCUGAAAACAUCUACUUCUGGACGGCAUGUGAGCGCUACCGACAGAUUACCGAGUGCGAGGAACGGGCCAAGGAAGCGCAAGCCAUCUUUGUCAAGCACCUGGAAUCCGGCUGCAGUGAACCAGUCAACGUGGAUUCGAUUGCGCGAAAUAUCGCCAAGGAACAUUUGCCGCAGGCGGAACCGACACUGUUUGCGGCCGCGCAGAAGCAGAUUUUCAAUCUGAUGAAAUUCGAUAGCUACCAACGCUUCAUAAAGUCGGACAUGUACAAGACGUGUCAGGAUGCAGAAGCAAAGGGACAUCCGUUGCCCUAUCCUGGAGAACAGUUGGAUCCGCUGCUGCGAACUGGCUUUGCCCUGCAAAGCACAACCAAGCUGAAGAAGUCGUUGAGUAACGCGGAGGACCGACGGCGGAAGUCCUUGCUUCCAUGGCACCGCAAAACGAGGUGCAAGUCCAAGGACCGUGCGGACCAGGAGGGGAGGAAGGAAAGCGGAAAAUCUUCACUCUCCAAUGGAGGUGGAACCGGAGGUAGCAGUAAUACGUUGAAGGUCCUUUCGACCAAUUCUACUAGUGAUAUUCAUAGUUCUAGAAGUUCCUUAGCCAGUUUUGAUGCCGCCAUUGGCAAGUCGUACGAUCAGGACGACACCCGCAACACCUUGUGCCGUGUGAUAUUAUCGAAUGGAGCAACGACGGUGGUUCAGACACGCUCCAAUGAAACCAUCAAGGAACUAGUCGAACGGUUGCUCGAUAAGCGAGGCAUCGUGUACAAUGCGUACGAAGCGUUCCUGGCAGGUAACCACAAGCCUUUGGAUCUGGACGGUCCGUCUUCUAGUCUUGCCGGAAAGGAAGUGAACAUCGAUCAACGGGUGGUGUUCAAGUUGAGUUUACCGAAUAGAAAAAUGAUUUCCGUCAAAAGUAAGGCCACCAAACCGCUGGGAGAUGUGUUGCGGCCCAUUUUACUGAAGUACAACUACGAACUGGAUCAGAUGAACGUCUAUUCUAAGGAUGCCUAUCUGGAUAUGACCUAUCCGGUGACGAGUGUCGAUGGGCUGUGGUUGCAGGUCCGCAAUGGAAACGAGAGUGAAUUCCAUCAGGAUCUAACGCGAACCAUCGCAUCCCGUUCGGAAAGAGCAUACGUCAAUCAAGCACCUCCGCUUCCUAUAAUCGCUACCUCUCAGCACCAGCAGAUUAUCAACCAUUUCCAGCAGCAACUGCACCAUCAGCAGGCACAAUCCCAGCCCCACAGUUUUGCGAUGCCUUCCUCUAAUGGGGGUGCUUCCAACUAUAUAGCUAAAAAAUCACAACACAUGUAUAUGAAUCAAUCGCACAACAACAACAAUAACAACUUGCAAUUGAAGAGCAAGGAAGAUCCGAAGGAUGAUACUAAGCAAGAACUGAACAUGCUGGAUGAAAUUACCAAUAAGGUAUUCAACGAGCUGAUGAAUGGGAAAAUCGUCAACGGGAAAGUCCCGGAAGACUGCACCUCGGAUAGUUCGUCGACGCGAAGGGAUCGAUUCCGCCGAAGGGGGUCAAAUGCCCCAUCGGAAAGCGGUCGAGGAGCGAAAAACAAGAAAUGCUCUACCGCAGGAUCCGAUGAUGGUGGCGAAAGUGUGAAUAACGUUGGCACCAAGAAGCCUAUUAUUGCCAAACUGAAAGCUGGUGUGAAGCUGCAAAUUCCUAUGCGAUCGCAGAAUGAUGAACUUCUCGAAGGACUCAAACGUGCUCAGCGGUCCCGCCUGGAGGAUCAACGCGGUACCGAAAUCAACUUUGAGCUGCCCGAUUUUCUUAAAGAUAAGGAAAACUUUACAACCGGUGGCCAGUCGACGCCGGCUACGACGACGACCUCAGCGUCCAUCGGAGGUCCCCAACCUUCGAAGCUCUCGCGAAAACCGGGCGUCAAACGACCGGAAUUCACUACCAGCUCUUCAGUUGAGUUCCCACUGGGUUCCAGUACAAAUGGUGGAUCGCUGCAGCAAAUCAAUAAACCUCAACCGGCACCACGGUUGUCCAUCACCAGUACCAGAGGUUUGGGCGCAGGCAGCGGGGGCAGUCCAACGUCACCCUGUGGGCCCGUUCAGUCGGCAUCCAGCGAAAGCAAUCUGAAUAACCUUUCGCUACGGUGCAACGCUUCCCCGUUGAUGCUGGACGAUAAUGGAAAUGGGUCCCAGUCGGAGAAUAGCUACGCGGACACCACCUUGGUCUUCACCCACGGCCCAGCUAAUGCAUGCAACUCACCCGAAUUGUCACCAUCUUCCCGUACGGCUCACCAUCGAGGAUCGAACUUUCACCUCGGCAGUGGUGAUCAUUACGAUCCAUCAUUACCCGCCAACGGAUGCAGUAGUGAACUACCGGAUGGCAGCAUCACAAAUUCCUCUGGCAACUACCAUCCGUAUCAUCAUCACCACCACCACCACCAUCAUCAUGGCAUGGCUCACCAUCAUCAACAGCAGCAACAGCAGCAGCAGCAUCAUCAUAACCUCACGGCAAGCACUAGCAGUGCCAGCAGUAGCAGUACCAACAGUAGCAACACUGGCACCAGCACCAGCAGCAGUAGUAGCAGCGAUGCGGAUAAUCUGAAAGGGCCGCCACCUUUGCCACCGAAGCCAAAAAUUCUUCCCAUCAAACCGUCCAACUGGGGUCACGCGCCACCGGGCUCCAACAACGGCAGUAGCACUAUGAGCACCAGCUUAUGUAACCUAUCUACUAGCUCAAACGGGAACGGUAUUAGUGGUAAUAGUAGUAGUAGUCAAAAUGGUGUAAGUAGUAGCAAUAGUAACAGCAGUGGUAGAGAAAGACGAUCGUCCGGGCAGCAGGGGGGCUCGCUGGAACGGCAGUCCCAAUCACAGCAGCAGAAGCAGUCACAGACGAGAAGCGUUUAUCUGGAUCACGCAACAAGCAGCUUCGUGUAAAAGAGAAGGAAAGAGAUAUAUAUUUAGGAUAAUUGAAUUCUUACAUUGUUGACAGAUGUGAACAGAUUUUUUAUUUGAAAAACAACGCUUUUGAAGCGAUUUUGUAGUGGAACCUUCUUUGUGUGCGUAUUCUUUUUCAUAAAACUGGUUUUAUUUAUUUUUCUGUCGAAUGUCUUGUAUUAUUUCAGAGAGUUUUCCCUUGACUAUGUAUAAAGAUUUAUAUAUUUAAAAUACACAUAAUUUUCAAAA